AUGUCGUCCAAUGUGGUGGGAAAGACCGGCGUUGACGCUGUGACUAAAGUCACGUCUAGUGAUCAAGUACAGAAAAAGACUGCAAACCAAUAUAAAGAAGGUGGUGGCGACACGCCACGUAUAAUCGGAAACGAAAUACUAGUAAAACCACAAAACAAAUUCACUGAGGAUGAACACACUGAUGACUUGUUUUCACUGGAACGUGAAAUAGCUAAAAUGCAUAACGUAGAUGAAGCUACAGAGAAUCUACAUGUGAAUGUGGUGCCCACAUCAAAUUCCCCAUGCGGUGAUAAUGCGGAGAACAAUGGCGAUACGAUUAUUGUUGCAAGCAACAGCCUGAAUGCCGACGAAAAAGAGACGAAUGAAAAUAAUUAUGAAGUUAAAGUGGACACAAUUACAUUGGGGGAAACAGCGUUAGAACAUGAAGAUUUAAUAGCUGUAUUGAAAGGUCUGGACGAUGGACACACUACCGAUACCGAACUAAUAGAAGGUGUCACAAUUGAGGGGGAGGGUGAAUAUCAGAUUAUGGAAGUGGUUGACGAUGAUACCGCAGAGAUUGAACUCCCUGCAACAAUUUCACCCACUAAGGCCGGAAAUACAUCAAAAACAUAUGGUGCAGCCGUUCUUACAACCGAAGAGGAACGAGCUCUGGCAUUGGAACAAAUUGCCAACAUAGAUAAAGGUCGCCACAAACAACGUCGUCGUAAACAAGACAUCAAGCCAAUGCAACAAGUUGAUCCUGUUAUGGAUUUAGUUUCAUCGCUGGAAGCCGAUUGGACAGACAAUGACGACGACGGUAGUAGAGAAAAUAUUACACCGCCAAAUGCAAAUAAAAAGGAAACGCCUGUUCCCGUACAAAUAAUUGAGUCCAAAUCGAAUGUACCACAAAUAACCAGUGUUGUUGUUAUACCGCCGUCUGUUGACAAUCGAAACAGUCCAGAUUCAAUUUUAUCCAAUGCGACAAAUUCGGAUAAAAAACCUGCAACAUCCAAAGAGAAUGACACAAAAGAGACAUCAUCACCAAUCGAAGGUGUCAUUGUGACAAAAACCGAUGAAGAAUCACAGGUCUUAAGUUCACAUACAGGUUUUCGUCGUACUCGCAUUAUAAAACGCAAAAUAAUCUGGGAUCCCGAUGCACCCGAAACAACAUUUUCUUAUGCCAAGUUAGUCACUAGUAGUAAUAAAAAUAAGGCAAAACCCGAAUCACCAACCGUACCGUCUAGUACCAUAACAAAGGGAUCGACAACAAUAAGGCCAGUUAAGAAAGAGGUGACGACAAAUGUAGCAAGAAAAACUCAGAGGCCUGUAACACCGAAGGAAAAUAAAUCAGAUACUGAGAAUGGUAAUUUUGGCAAUAAACCGCAUCCAAGUCUAAAACAAAACAACAAAAAAGAAGAGGUAUCAGAGUUAAACACAUCAGUGGAUUCUGUAACGAAAACAACUAGCCCUACUGCGUCAAAUAUAUCGCCCGGCAAUAAAAGACGGUCCCUGACUCCAGUUGCAAACGGUCCCGUUACAGUAACAAAGAAGAAAAAGGUGUCAGAAAUCGAUCGUUUAAUGGGCGAUGAAGGAGCUGUAAAUAUGCUCAACUCUUUGGAACAAUUAGGAACGGCUGAGACGAAAUCAACACGGCCCAUGAUGAGAAGUCGUGCUGCAACCAUAAGUGAAAGGUUACCUCGUAAAGAUUCCAUUUCGCCCGUCAAAACACCUCCACCUACAACAAGUCAACAAACUCCUAAAGGUGGUAAACGUACCCCCAAGCCACGUGCCUCUUCCGGUUGGGAUUAUGUUUACAAACAAAAACAACAAAACAUUGAUGAUUCCAUGAUAAUACGUAGACGUUCGAAUAGUUCAUACUCAAGUACGGCUUCAUUGAAUCGUUUGAGUUUAGAUGGCCCAUCAACGCCAAGCAAUGCAACAAAAUCACAUGAAGACAAAUCAGCAACGACAACGCCUGAAACACCUGCACCAAAUGCAAGUUCAAAAACCCCCGACGAAGUUGUAACGCAGGGCAAACGCGCUGGCGCCAAUUCCAAAAAUAGUCCGAAAUCUUUUGAAUUUGCCAAGCCAGAAAAUAAGAAAACACAAAGACGUACAAAAAGUCCGGCAACGGGAACACUGACAAGCGAUAUGAAAAAACCUGCGCCGGCCGCAAAUAAACGUAAGGCGACAAGCAGUAGUAGUCCAACUGCAUCGUUGGAUGAAGAAAACAAAGAUGUUGGACAUUCUGCCAAAAAUGCUGCCACGACAACGGCGGCAGCAGCAUCAGCAGUGGGCAAAGAUAAGAUACAUACUUCAGAUGUUGUGGUAAAGAAAUCAUCUAAAAUGGCUCAGAUUAUAUUUAGCACCAAUAAGGCUAAAUUGAGUUAUACGUUUACAGCACAAAUGUUGAAUAAACUAUCGGAUAUAUUAGAGAAAAUGGCAAAUGAUUCCGACACACAUGUUACCGUUAUUAUAACGAAUGAUGCACAUUUUUGCCAAGGUAUUGAUUUGACCGAACUUGCUCUAGGUGCAGUUGAAAAAAGGAAAAAUGUGGUGAAAAAUUUAUGUUCAGCAGUCAAGAGAUAUUUGGUAACAUUAGCCUCAUACCCAAAACCAUUGAUAGCUGGUGUAAAUGGUCACGUUAUGAAUCUGGGCCUAAUGCAAUUGAUAUUUUUUGAUAUUGUCGUGGCUGGAGAUAAGUGUACAUACGAAACGACAUAUACUAAAAUGGGACAAUUACCGGAAAGUUAUGGUGUAUGGAAUAAAUUGAAUAAAAUACGUGGAUCAUUUAAAACCAAAUUAUUUUGGUUAGGUGAGAAAGUACAAUCUACCGAGGCUGCAUUGGCGGGUCUGGUCAACAAACUAACUACUGGCACUAAAGUUAAUGAGGAAGCUAUAAAUGUUGCCAGAAAAAUGGCUUCAAUGCCUCCUGAGUCAUAUCGAUCAAUGAAAAACACUGUAACACAAUGCUAUCUGGGAGCCAUUGAAGAAACAUUUGACGAAGAAUUCACUACAAUUGCCGAGCAAUGGACAUCCAGUGAAUGUCUGGAACAAAUUAAAAAAAUUACCGAACAAGGGCAUUUUUAG